UUCGAAAACAUUUCUUGAGCUCACCAACUUCGACCAUUCAAAACAUAAUGAUGAAUACUGUUCCCUAUCCAUCCCAUCAUUUAUCAUCACAGCAACUGCUCAACGCUUGUUCAUGGGAGUUAAGUAUCAAUUAAAUACCAGUGCAAAAAUAGAGAUAGAGAAACAGAACGCACUAAAUCGACAGAUAGGCACUUUAAUGAUGGAGGAUGAGUCAUCAUCCCAUAGAGAAGGCAGAGCAUCACCAGUACCACCAUUUUCCGACGUACAACAAGCACAUAAUUGCCGGAACCAAAUCAGAGGACGACGACGAAGAACAAGAACGAUACCGUUCCAUCUGAACUUUGGUUCUAGUGGUUAUUUCAACCAGUACCGAAGGUGUUGGGGCUUGAGUCCAAAAUUAUUACUCCGGACGUCUUUCUUGAUUACGAUUUUCUCAUUGAUCGACUUCGUUCAAUAUCUGCAGAAGAAUGCAGAAACGACGCGUUUCCCAGAACUUCCAUCAACUACAAUGGUUCUAUCAUUUUCGAUCGUAGCAACAACCCAAAGGCAAGUGAGACCAUCCGCCUUUAGUUUCUUUCAGAGGAUGGGAACACAACCAACAAUCACAAGUCGAUCUCAUCUCAAUAAUAUCGGCUCUUUCCGGUUUCACUCCGACCUUGACACGUUUUUUGAAACGGGUGGUGGUAUGGAUCGAUUGGUGGAGGAGCUUUCGGUAAGACAAGAGCAGAAUCAAGAGCAGAAAAAGAUGCGUUCUUCAUCCGACAACACCAAAACCGUGAAAAUAAAAAGCGAGAAAAGCAAUUGGAGAGAUGCACUCGACCUUUCUGUAGAAGAACAACGCGACAAACAAGACAAGGUUCGUCAGCACCAAAUUUCCUCCCCUUCCCCCGUGGAAAUACGAACCAUCCGAGGUCGCACUGUACACGUGAAGCACGACGAUCAACUGCGAUUGGCAGGAUCAGGAAUCUCCGGAAACAAGGCACGAAAGAUGUGGACCCUGAACGAAAUACCCGCUGAAGAAUUUCCUUCCUGCCUUGUCAGCUAUGGUGGACCCCAAAGCAACUCGAUGCUGGCCUUGGCAGCCAUUGCCAAUUCUAAGAAUCGAGAACUUGUAUUGCAAUCCAAAUCAGCUAUAGAACUGUCGAGUGAUAAAGACAACGAAGAUUCUACAUCGAAAAAUGAGACGGGGCUCCCAAUUCGGUUUGUCUAUUAUACCAAAAAACUUCCACGAUUCUUGCGCAAACAACCUAACGGCAAUUUAUUUCGUGCACUCUCAUUGGGAAUGGAACUCAGAGAGGUCUCUCAUGGAGAGUACAAAAGUCUUUUUGAGCACCGCUCUGACGAAUUCGAAGGAGAAGGGCGGCCCCCAUUGGGAUUAGAAGCCCCUGGGCCCGACUCCUUGUGGGUCCCUCAGGGAGGUGCCUUUGCACCAGCGCAAGUGGGAUCACAUAGACUUGCCCAAGAAAUUUAUACCUAUUGGUUAGAAAACGGAAACGACCGUCCGCUUACGGUAUGCGUGCCCGGAGGAACUUGCACUACUGCUGUGUUGUUGCACCUCGGACUGAAGCAGCUCCUGCAGCUGCGCAUCGACGGAGGAGACGAUGAUGGCCUGAGAGAAGAUGAUUAUGACGGUUUUUCUAAUGCAGCAAUCUGGCCGAAAAAAACCGCUAUGGACAUCGAAGUAGUGGUCGUCCCGUGUGUUGGUGAUGCGGCAUACGCGGGUAGGCAAAUGAGAUCUCUCUCAGCCCGAAUCGGAGCCUCGCCAAACGAUAUUCCCACAAUAUUACAGCCCGAACCUGAUGAAGCUAUGAGCGAAAGACAUGGUGCGAGCGGCACGAAUUCACUACGCCAAAAAUAUUUCCGAUUUGGAAAGCCCGACAGGGAUAUUUUGGAAACCUUCCAAGAACUCCAAGACGACUUCAACCUUGUGGUUGACUUGAUUUACGGAGCUCCAUCAUUUGCAAUCAUGUGGCGACACUGGGGACGGAAAGGACAAAAUUCUUUGAGUCCCGACUUAUCGUUCGACCCUAACCAACCACUAGUGGGAAGAGAAAUUAUGUACGUUCAUAGCGGUGGAUUGGAAGGCAUCAACAGCCAGUUGCUCCGAUAUAGAUACGACGGUUUAGUAGAAAUUAAGGAUGUUCAGCUUCCAGGACGCAAAAAUAGGAGCAAACACAAAAAAUAAGUUGUUGCCAGAUCGGAAAGUGCGUGCUCAGGGAUUUGUAUAUCAAUCGGUUCAAAAAACGCUAAGAUAGAAAAUAAUACACACCGAAUGUUUCCCUUUUCUUCAAGAUUUCUGCCGAAUGAAGAUGAAGUAAAAAUUAAUAACAGCGCUAGUAUUAUCAAUGAACACACAAACCAAGUCAAUUCUUUCCUCCAAUUGAAACUUUUGAACUCAAAUUGCAUGCUCUGGAGGCCAACGAAAGAAAUUACUUUUCUUCAGCAACAUGAUCGCUGUGGAGAAGAUUUAUGAAUGAUGUAAGUGGAUCACAUGCAAUAUUAAAUUUUAACAGCUCUA